AUGCUAGCGGCACCGCCGCGGUGGUCAAACGAGCUCAGCGACCAGUCGCCGUCCCUUCGCCCGACGCCGGCCCCGCGCCGCCGUGGCAACGCGCCGUCGAUCCAAGACUCGCCUUGCUUUGUGUGCCACAUUCCGUACUCGCGCUCACUCGCGCCCUUCUCCAACAUGCGCAUGGUGCGCUGCGGCAUCUGCGGUCGCAAGUGGGUCCCCGAAAUGCUCUUUUCGUCCACCGAGCCGCCCAGUGGCAUGGCACUCACCGGGUCCGGUGCGUUUAUCCAAGCCCGCGUCUGCCGGCAGCGUCGUCGCGGCGCGGGCGACGUAAACGCAACGAUCGUAUCGGAAGCGCUUCCGUUCCUCGAGUACGAGCUCCAUCGCCAGCUCAUGGCCAAGAUGCGUGUGCUUGGCGUCAACUCGCUCUUUGGCUUCGAGUCCCAAGUGCAGAUCAGCGGUUCGUUUGUCAUUGGCAUCAUCACGGGCACGGGCAUGUACCUCCCGGCGCUGCCGCUGCCGCAAGUGCUGCGCAUUACGCGCAACAUUGACGUCAAGGACGACGAAGACCGCCGCCUCGUGCAGCUGCAGUCGCAGAUCGAGCGCCUUAGCAACCAAAACCGCGCCGCCAUGAAGAAGGAUGCAGUGGGCACGAUCGCACCCGAGUUUUCGACGUGGAAGCAGCGCCCGCUCUUUGAAGACGACGCUCCGGUCAAGCGUCGAUCGCGCAAGGGUCGCGCCAUGCGUCUUUCGCGCGGCGACUCGGAGGCCGACGCGUCGGUCCUGCGCAAGACGCCGCAGUCGAGCAACGUGAGCCUCGACGAGAGCAAUGGUCUCGACGACGACAAGGACAACAAGUCGUCGUCGUCGUCGUCGUCGUCCGACUCGGAAGAAGACUUCAACCCGGACGGCUUUAGCGAUACCAAGCACCCGUUCAUCCUCGAGAUCGAUGACGAGACGGACGAAGACUUGAUGUCGGUCUUGCUCGAGCAGCCGCUGCCCGAAGGCGUCUCGAUCUACAACACGGACCGGCUUCCCGGCGCGUCGUCGCCCGGGCGCAACAUCCACCUCUUCCUCUCCAUGAAGCGCGUCGAGUGGGACGAGGAGCACAUGCGGGACACGCGCCUCAACGUGCUCUUUUCCCAAGUGUUUAAAAACCUCUUUGCGAGCAUCCUCUUCAAGCUCCGAGCGUUUGCGCCGUGCGUCGUGUGCGGCCUCAAGACGCGCGUCGCCCUCGCAGGCGAGAACAUUAUUGAGGUCGUUCUCAUGGGCAUGGCGAUGCUCGACGGGCACGAAAACUCGUGUGACGACGACGUGGUCAUCCAGAGCCUUAACUUUCCCGUGCCCGAGGACGACGAAGAUGCGUUCCAUGCGGCCAGCGACGGCAACAACGACGACGAGAACGAAUCCGAUGAGACGGCGCGCCGGGCGCUGCGUCUCCAGAUCCAGCAGCACCGCCCGCCGUCGUCGUUCAUCUCGGUCGGGUCGCCGACAGGCCGUCCAAUGAGCCCGCUCUCGAAUGCGCAUCCCAACCCGUUCCACCAGAGCUCGAGUGCGCGCGAGUGGAUUGAGCUCACGCCGCUUUCGUAUGUGCCCGGUUCCAAGAUCCUCCGGUAA